GCGGCGGCGGCGGAGCUGCUGCGCCGGGGGGGCACCGCCGGGCCGAGCCCCCUCCCGGACCGGACCGGAGCCCCCUAACCGGGCUGAGCCUCCUCCCAUCCCCUCCCGGACGCCCCCCUGACCGGGCCGAGCCCCCUCCCGAACCGGACCGGACCGGACCGAGCCCCCUCCCAUCCCGGACCCCCUAACCGGGCUCAGCCCCCUCCCAUCCCCUCCCGGACCGGACCGGGCCGUGUCCCUGGCCGUGCCCGGCGCGAUGCCCGCCCGGCGCCCGGCGCGGGGGCCCCGCUGAGCCGCCCCCGCGGGCACCAUGCGCGCCAUGAGCCCCCUGCCCCUGUGGCUGCUGCUCUGGCACCUGCGGCACCUGGCGCUGGGAUAUCUGACGGUCAGCAUCGAGCCCCUGCCCCCAGUGGUGGUGGGAGACGCCGUGACCCUGAAAUGCAACUUCAAAACCGACGGGAAAAUGCGGGAGAUCGUCUGGUACCGGGUCACUGAUGGUGGCACCAUCAAGCAGAAGAUCUUCACCUUCGAUGCCAUGUUUUCCACCAACUUUUCCCAGAUGGAAAACUACCGGAAGCGGGAAGACCUCGUUUACCAAUCCACCGUGCGCCUUCCCGAGGUCCGGAUCUCGGACAACGGUCCCUACGAGUGCCACGUGGGGAUCUACGACCGAGCCACACGGGAGAAGGUGGUCCUGGCCUCCGGGAAUGUGUUCCUGAAUGUGAUGGCUCCCCCAACGUCCAUCUCGGUGCUGGCCGCAGACACCCCGGCGCCCUUCAGCCGCUACCAGGCGCAGAACUUCACCCUGGUGUGCGUGGUGUCCGGCGGGAAGCCCGCGCCCCUGGUGUACUUCAAGCGGGACGGGGAGCCCAUCGAGGCCACCCCGCUGCCGGAGCCGCCGCCGGCGCCAGCAGCUGGGCCCCGGAGCCUCCUGCACCGCGACCUGGACGACACCAAGGUGCCGAAAUCCCUGGCGGCCGACGGCGAGCUGGGAGUGGGGAACCCCUUUCCCACGGCGGAUCCGCCGCGGGGGCUGGCGGCCGAGCGGGAUGCGGUGACGGAAAGCAUUCCCGAGACGGUUGUGAGCCGGGAAUUCCCGCGCUGGGUGCACAUGGCCGAGCCCAUCUAUUACUUCCGGCACACGCACGCGCCCGUCAGCGACGGCACCGUCGAGGCCCGGGCCACGCUCACGUGGACCCUGAACCCCCAAAUCGACAAUGAGGCCCUCUUCAGCUGCGAGGUCAAGCACCCGGCGCUCUCCAUGCCCAUGCAGUCAGAGGUCACGCUAGUUGCUCCCAAGGGUCCCAAGAUCACGAUGACCCCGACGAGGGCGCGCGUGGGGGACACCGUGCGGAUCCUGGUGCAGGGCUUCCAGAACGAGGUGUUCCCGGAGCCGCUGUUCACGUGGACGCGCGUGGGGAGCCGGCUCCUGGACGGCAGCGCGGAGCACGACGGGAAGGAGCUGGUGCUGGAGCGGGUCCCGGCCGAGCUCAACGGCUCCAUGUACCGCUGCACGGCCCAGAACCCGCUGGGCUCCACCGACACCCACACCCGCCUCAUCGUCUUCGAAAAUCCGAAUAUUCCCAGAGGACCAGAAGACUCCAAUGGUUCACUUCCCGGCCACUGCGGCUUCAGAUUCGUUUUGGCGCUCACCCUGACAGUGAUCCUGGAGCUCACGUGAAGCUUCACCUCCUCCUCCUCCUCCUCUUCCUCCUCUGCGUCCAGCUCCUCCCAGCAUUCCUGCCUCCAGCCAUCGGGUCUCCCGCUCUUUUUUUUUCUAUACUCUCGACCGUCUCGGUCUCUUUCCGUGUCUUGGCUUCCUCAGACGAUCAAAUUAAAGGGAAAAAGGAAAACCUCUUCUGGGAGAAGGUCGUAAUUCAUGUUUUACCUGUGCUGGGAUUCCCUGCUCCAUUUCGGGGUUCCCAGCACCAUCUUGGGAUUCCCAGUUGUGUGUCGGGGUUUCCAGUUCUGUCUCGGGAUUCCCAGUUGCAUCUCGGGGUUCCCAGCUCCAUGUUGGGGUUCCCGGCUCCAUCUUACAAUUCCUGGUUGUGUGUCAGGGUUCCCAGCUGUGUCUCGGGGUUCCCAGCUCCAUGGUGAGUUUCCCAGCACUAUCUUAGGAUUCCCAGUUCCAUCUCAGGGUUCUCAGCUCCGUCUUGGUCUUCCCACCUCCGUCUCAAG